AUGAGGACUGUUAUCUAUCUAUUUCCGUUAUCUAUCUAUCUAUCCCAGUCUGCUCACAUCUAUCUAUCUAUCUAUCUAUCCCAGUCUUCUCAUAUCUAUCUAUCCCAGUCUUCUCAUAUCUAUCUAUUCCUAUGUCUGUUCAUAUCUAUCUAUCUAUCUAUCUAUCUAUCUAUCUAUCUAUCUAUCUAUCUAUCUAUCCCAGUCUUCUCAUAUCUAUCUAUCCCAGUCUUCUCAUAUCUAUCUCUCCCAGUCUUCUCAUAUCUAUCUAUCUAUUCCUAUGUCUGUUCAUAUCUAUCUAUCUAUCUAUCUAUCUAUCUAUCUAUCUAUCUAUCUCCCAGUCUUCUCAUAUCUAUCUAUCUAUCUAUCCCAGUCUUCUCAUCUAUCUAUCUAUCCCAGUCUUCUAUCCCAUAUCUCAUAUCUAUCCCAGUCUCUAUCUAUCAUCAUCUAUCUAUCUAUCCCUAUGUCUGUUCAUAUCUAUCUAUCUAUCUAUCUAUCUAUCUAUCUAUCUAUCUAUCUAUCUAUCCCAGUCUUCUCAUAUCUAUCUAUCUAUCUAUCUAUCUAUCUAUCUAUCUAUCUAUCUAUCUAUCUAUCUAUCCCAGUCUUCUCAUAUCUAUCUAUCCCAGUCUUCUCAUAUCUAUCUAUUCCUAUGUCUGUUCAUAUCUAUCUAUCUAUCUAUCUAUCCCAGUCUUCUCUAUACAUCUAUCAUCUAUCCCAGUAUUCCCAGUAUCAUAUCUAUCUAUCCCAGUCUUCUCAUAUCUAUCUAUCUAUUCCUAUGUCUGUUCAUAUCUAUCUAUCUAUCUAUCUAUCUAUCUAUCUAUCUAUCUAUCUAUCUAUCUAUCUAUCCCAGUCUUCUCAUAUCUAUCUAUCUAUCUAUCUAUCUAUCUCCGUUAUCUAUCUAUCCAUUCCCGUUAUGAUGUUGAUUUGGGGUUAAUAAAGACAAACGCCAAAUAA